AUGAAGGAAAACGGUAUCUUGGCAUCGGCUCUAAUACAUAGGAUGUCGAUUGAACCGUUAGAAGAUGGUCUGGAAGACGAAGCCUACAUUCAACGGGCACGUAUGAUUGUGCUUGUGCUAUUGGGAGGGUUGAUAUUACCCGACGACUCAGGGUGUAAGAUACCUCUGAUGUGGUUGACCCAACUUCGAGAUGUAGAGGCUGCCUCUAUGAUUAGUUGGGCGAGUGCUGCACUUGCUACAUUAUAUCAUAAUCUUUGUGAGGCGUCCAUGGGCAAAAGGAUAGACAUUGGAGGUCCGAUAGUACUCCUACAGCUGUGGGUGUGGGAGAGGAUGCCCACUUUGAGACCCGAUUUUGUGAUGGCACGUAUACAUACAAACAACACUCCAUGUGCAUUAAUGUGGACUGGCUCAUAUAUAAUAAACAAAGCCCACAAACAUUCUGUUCGACAUUAUCGUGAACAGUUAUCAUUACUCCAAAAUAGCCAGUUUAUUUGGAUGCCAUAUGUGGACCGUCAAUUGCCAGACUCCUGCCUCGAGAUAAACAACAGUUGGAGAUCUGUGACGUACAUGGUUUGUUGGGCUAUUGUCGAAGCACAUGAGCCUGAGCGCGUUGUGAGACAAUUUGGAGGCACUCCGUUCAUUCCGGAAUUGCGUGAUUGGGGUUUCAAUGAAACUCAUUUCAAAACAAAUCGUCGUGGAAAAGCUAAGACGAACUGGGCUAUGCAGAACAAGGCUUACAUUCAACAUUGGGAGAGAAGGUCGGAGUUCGUGUCUAAUCAUUACAUGGAGCCUCUUGAAGACCACGUGCAGGCUGAGACAUUGGCCCGUGUAUUUCAAUUGUCGCGCGGUUUUGACCCAGAAGACGCCGUAGGAUUGUUGCAUGAGAUUAACAAUCUUGUUCUUAACUGCCUUACCGAAUGCGGUGAGAGUGAACGCACGGUCAUACCUUCCACACAGCGCAUUGAUGUGGAUAUGUCCCGGGGUUUUAUCCGAAGAGCUCGCGGUAUUGGUCAAAGAGGUGUCCGAACAAGCGGGCAUGGAUAUUCACGGCAUUCCAGAAUGUCCCAAGACAUGCCAGGGUCAUCACAAGCCGCAAAUGAAGAAAAUAUUAAUUCAGAUGACAACAUAGAUUUGGAUUCAUUAAUCGACAAUUUUGCUGCUGAGCCCGAAAUGCAAAAUCCACCAGCAUCAGAUCCCUCUAAUGUCCAUAUCGUGCACUCUCCAACAAAUGGGGAAUUGGAUGAUGAUGCUGCUGUUGCUGCUGCUGAUGAUGAUGAUGAUGACGAUGCUCUUGAGAGUUCUGCACAAUUGGAGCGUCCCAGAAGUAGUGCCUACAUAGAGCGCCCCACGAGGAGAGAACAUAUUGACCCUCUUAGGAGUAGUGUACAACUUGAUCGCCCUAGUAGUAGUGCACAUACGUCCCGUCCCAACAAGGAACGCUCCAGGACAAGUUUAUCUCAGACAAUUAUGGGCAUGUUCCCACGUAGAAGGUCUAGCCGUGACAACAGAGGAAAAUGCCCGAUUAAAAAUACACCAUCGUCAUUUAAGUAG